AUGUGGGCCGACCCCUCAGUGGUGGAGGAGGCCAGGGGCUACCUGGCUGACGCGCCCAACGUGAGCGUGGUGGCCAUGCCCAUCAACGACGGCUGGCUGCGCGACUGGGGGCCCACCUGCAUCGCGCGCACCAACCCCGAGACCGGCAAGCGCGAGGUGGCGGGCGUGCACUGGGACUACGACUGCUACGGCGCCCCCGGCAAGAUCAGGGACGGCCGCCCCGCCAUGAUGCCCAACUGGGACAAGGACUAUGCCGCCGGCCGCGCAGUCCUGGAGCACUACGGCCUGCCUGUCUUUGAGUGCCCCCUGCACCUGGAGGGCGGCUCCAUCCACAGCGACGGCCAGGGGUGA